UCACCCCUCCCUCAGCUAAUCUCUGGGUUUCCUUGCAGAAACUUCUUGUGAAGUUCGCUGAGUUUUUCGUGGUUGUAGCAAAUUUCUGAGAUGUCUGGUGACUUGAGUGCCCUUGUAGCUCGUCUUGAAGCAGUCACAUCACGUUUGGAAGCUGCAGCUGACAAGGCUGGCGGCGGAGAACCAGCAGAUGUCGGAGUUAUUGUUGAAGAAUAUGACCAGGUGCUUAAGGGUAACGUGGCCGAAUUUUUUAAGCUGUCAAGCAAAAUUGGUGGCGAUGUAGACACCCAGGCAAAGUUUGCAAAGAAAGUGUUUGAUGCUCAAAGGGAAUUUAUUGUGCUUGCCUCUAAGAGUCAAAAGCCUAGUCAAGAUGAGUUUGUGAAGCUAUUGAAACCACAGGCAGAUGCUAUUGGCGAAGUACAGAGUUUCCGUGAGAAGAAUCGUGCAAGUAAGGUUUUCAACCACCUGUCAGCGUUGAGUGAAGCCAUUCCUGCCCUUGGAUGGGUUAGUGUGAGCCCCACUCCAGCUCCACAUGUUAAAGAAAUGCUUGAUGCAGCACAGUUCUACAUGAACCGAGUUUUGAAGGACUUCAAAGGAAAAGAUGAAACACAUGUGGAGUGGGUGAAAGCUCUUAAAAGUUCCCUAACCGACCUUCAUGCCUACGUCAAAGCACAUCACACAACUGGUGUAGUUUGGAGUAAAACAGGAAGUGUUGCCAAAGCAGGAGCAGGACCUGUAGCACCCCCACCCGGUAAACCUGCACCACCACCUCCACCCCCUGUGCAAGCCCCUACUCCUGUUGCCUCAGGGCGAGAUGCCCAGGUUGGAGCUGCAAAUGCAUUGUUUGGUGAAAUCAAGAAGGCAGGCACAAAUAUUGCAGCAGGGCUAAGGAAAGUGAAGGAUGAGGAGAAGACCCACAAAAACAAGAACCUGAGAAAAACUGGGCCAGUUCCUGAUAAACCAAAACCAGCUGUGGUUGCCCCGAAACCUACAGCUGCAGCUGCCAAAAAGCCUCCGGUGUUUGAGCUGCAAGGGAAGAAAUGGGUAGUUGAAUUUCAAGAAAACAACAAAAAUCUCGUGAUCGCUGAACCUUUGACAUCACACACAGUUUACAUUUACAGCUGCAAGAACAGCACUAUUCAAGUCAAGGGAAAAAUCAAUUCCAUGGUUGUCGACAGCUGUAAGAAAACAGCAGUGGUUCUUAAAGGUGCUAUUGGCACUGUGGAGUUUAUCAACUGUCAGAGUAUGCAGUGUCAGAUUGAUGACAUGGUUCCUACUGUGUCCAUUGACAAGACUGAUGGCUGCCAAGUGUUCUUUCCCAAAGGCAUUGGCAACACAGAGGUUGUAACUGCCAAGUCAUCUGAGAUGAAUAUCAUGAUCCCCAAACCUGGUGGGGAAGACAUGGUGGAAUACUGUUUGCCAGAACAGUACAAGAGUGUAUGGAAUGGAAAAACAUUUGUUACCACCUGUAGCGAGUCUCUUGGAUAAAUGUCAUAAGCUUCAACUGGAAUAUGCUACAUGUACGGAAAAGGACAAUCUCAAAAUGCUCAACCUGACACCAAUCGCCCGCAAUUUGGAAUCCCUUUAGUUGAUAUUGGAAAAUAGUAAAAUGACUUCUUUGAUUAUAGAAAAUGUAAAGUUAAACUUGAUAGUGUGCAGUAGUUUUGAGGGCUGACUAGGAUGGAAUUUUUAAUUAAAAGUGAUUCUUUUUGCAAGAUAUUGUAUAGCGUUGAGAAUUAGAGAUCAAAGACUUUAUUUUCCUACAGCACAACAUUUUUGUCUUUCUUGAAAUGAAAAAAGUGAAACCAUUGUUAAAGAAAAUAAAAUAGAAAGUUUAAAAUUA